AAUAGACUCCCCACAGUAUGUAGGCAACAUUGCUUUCCUCCCGUAUUCUCUAGCAGAAAGUCUGUUCCCUUGUUUUCUCAGAAGGCAGUGAGGUUAUUGGACUAUCAAUGUAAUCCAGUGCAGCCUGCAAGAGAUGCUGUGGUUGAACUCAAAUCUAACAGACUUUCAGGAUACUUGGAAAUUUAAGACAAUUGCGUUUUUAUUUGUGUUAUCCUCCACAUUUACGUUUUCAGCACAGUGUGGAUACAUCUUACCACAGAACAUGACGCUUGUUCAAACUAAAAUACUUUUCUCUCGCUACUCUUCUCACUCACAGGCCUACUUCAUCGUGCAGAAAAGCUAUUUGACUGUAGAGGGGGAGUAGGUAACACACUGUAAUAUUCCAGAGGACAUGCUGUUUUUACCAUUCGCUCAUGUGGGUCAUUAGGAAAUGGGCUUAAAUUGAAAACUGACUCAGGCCUUUGAAUAACCCAUGAUCACAUAUUUGGACAAUUACAAAUAAUUUCUUCCAGUGCGACUAAGCCGAGCUGUUUCAGAAACGUGGAUACUUUGCAAGCGAUCUGAUUUGAGCGCGCCUCGACCCAAUGUCCAGUGGUUGAACUGCGGCGAGAACUUCAUAAAACAUACAAGAGACUGGAUUUUGAACUCAACCAAGUUUGACUUUAUGUAGUCACAUAGCAGUACACAUCACUUGACCGCAGUUUCCAAUCACUUCUGACUGUGACCGUCCAUUGCACGGGCUAACAAGAGCGCACAAAGAUGGCAUCCCUCUCGAGAAGCGCUUCUCCGGGGUUGUGGAAACAAAUCAUGGCUCCACUCGUCUUGCUCUUGUGCAACAGGCUUGUGGCCAAUGCGGACGAAGACACUUUCAAUGCAGAGGUACAGUAUGUUGUAUACAUGUGUCCUUUAAUGUCAAAAUAUGGACGUUUUUACGGUGCGUAAAUCUGUGGAAUUGUGGCAGUCGCCUGAUGAGCUUAGUUUCCUUCUACUCUGAAACAUUGCAUGACCAUGAUCUCUACUAUCCUGGUGGUCAGGUAGUUAUCUAAACUGAUAUAGCAUUUUAUGUGAUCUAAUGACUUCUCAUUUUCUCAUCACUGAUCAUGAGGACAUGAGCAGAUUCAUGGAAAUAUUUGGUGCGCACAUUUAUGACCCUUGACCUUUUCCGUAAUGGGUAUUGUGCAACAUUCCCACUUCACGUAUGGCAGGCAUAUUAUUAGGAGUAAUUAUGUGUUGGGUAAAAGUUGGACCUCUAGGGUAAAACCCUAUGUACAUGCCUGUAAACCACAGAAAGUGUUCCUCACCUACUGUACUGCUUAUCCUGCAGACAUGUUGUGCAAGAUAUCCAGAUUGAUCACUCUUAUUAUGAGUCAUCAUUUUGGUGGCCUGAAGCUGCUUUUCUUUGUCUCUCUGUUUGUGUGUGUGUGUAUAGGUCUAUGUGUGCAGUGCAUGCCUGUUUACAGAGAAAGUUGUGCUCAGUGGGCCCAUUAUGUUUUUAAAUUCCCAUGUCAAGGCUUUUGCAAGGCAAGCUCUCUGUGCUGUCUUGGUUGGGUCUCUUUUGUUUCCAUUGCAUUAUCAAUGGGAUAUUAAUAUUGUAUGCCAGACCUUACAGCCAGACACACGUCUGCUUAUGGCUAUAUUAAUGGUAUAUAUAGUAGAGCUGAAUUUACACAGUUUAUGUAGAAUUUUUGUUGUAAUUGACAUUUAUUUAACCCUGUGUGUCAGUGCUUCGUUUUGGGUUAACUGCUUACAUUCCAAAGCUUUUACUCUUACACCCAAUGAUGCCUGCUCUGUCUGUCCUAUUAUCUAUUGGGCCAAUCCUGUGGUUAUCUAAACUGCCAAUAAGGAGGAGGUGCGACUCAAAGAGGAAUGCCAUGAAAUAAUAGAAACCAUCUGUUUCUCUGUCCUCUACAUACAGUGGGGAGAACAAGUAUUUGAUACAGUGCCGAUUUUGCAGGUUUUCCUACUUACAAAGCAUGUAGAAGUCUGUAAUUUUUAUCAUAGGUACACUUCAACUGUGAGAGACGGAAUCUAAAACAAAAAUCCAGAAUAUCACAUUGUAUGAUUUUUAAGUAAUUAAUUUGCAUUCUAUUGCAUGACAUAAGUAUUUGAUCACCUACCAACCAGUAAGAAUUCCGGCUCUCACAGACCUGUUAGUUUUUCUUUAAGAAGCCCUCUUGUUCUCCACUCAUUACCUGUAUUAACUGCACCUGUUUGAACUCGUUACCUGUAUAAAAGACACCUGUCCACACACUCAAUCAAACAGACUCCAACCUCUCCACAAUGGCCAAGACCAGAGAGCUGUGUAAGGACAUCAGGGAUAAAAUUGUAGACCUGCACAAGGCUGGGAUGGGCUACAGGACAAUAGGCAAGCAGCUUGGUGAGAAGGCAACAACUGUUGGCACAAUUAUUAGAAAAUGGAAGAAGUUCAAGAUGACGGUCAAUCACCCUCGGUCUGGGGCUCCAUGCAAGAUCUCACCUCAUGGGGCAUCAAUGAUCAUGAGGAAGGUGAGGGAUCAGCCCAGAACUACAUGGCAGGACCUGGUCAAUGACCUGAAGAGAGCUGGGACCACAGUCUCAAAGAAAACCAUUAGUAACAUACUACGCCGUCAUAGAUUAAAAUCCUGCAGCGCACGCAAGGUCCCCCUGCUCAAGCCAGCGCAUGUCCAGGCCCAUCUGAAGUUUGCCAAUGACCAUCUGGAUGAUCCAGAGGAGGAAUGGGAGGUCAUGUGGUCUGAUGAGACAAAAAUAGAGCUUUUUGGUCUAAACUCCACUCGCCGUGUUUGGAGGAAGAAGAAGGAUGAGUACAACCCCAAGAACACCAUCCCAACCGUGAAGCAUGGAGGGGGAAACAUCAUUUUUUGGGGAUGCUUAUCUGCAAAGGGGACAGAACGACUGCACCGUAUCGAGGGGAGGAUGGAUGGGGCCAUGUAUCGCAAGAUCUUGGCCAACAACCUCCUUCCCUCAGUAAGAGCAUUGAAGAUGGGUCGUGGCUGGGUCUUCUAGCAUGACAAUGACCCGAAACACACAGCCAGGGCAACUAAGGAGUGGCUCCGUAAGAAGCACCUCAAGGUCCUGGAGUGGCCUAGCCAGUCUCCAGACCUGAACCCAAUAGAAAAUCUUUGGAGGGAGCUGAAAGUCCGUGUUGCCCAGCGACAGCCCCGAAACCUGAAGGAUCUGGAGAAGGUCUGUAUGGAGGAGUGGGCCAAAAUCCCUGCUGCAGUGUGUGCAAACCUGGUCAAGACCUACAGGAAAUGUAUGAUCCCUGUAAUUGUAAACAAAGGUUUCUGUACCAAAUAUUAAGUUCUGCUUUUCUGAUGUAUCAAAUACUUAUGUCAUGCAAUAAAAUGCAAAUUAAUUACUUAAAAAUCAUACAAUGUGAUAUUCUGGAUUUUUGUUUUAGAUUCCGUCUCUCACAGUUGAAGUGUACCUAUGAUAAAAAUUAUAGACCUCUACAUGCUUUGUAAGUAGGAAAACCUGCAAAAUCGGCAGUGUAUCAAAUACUUGUUCUCCCCACUGUAUGUGACAACAGCAACCAAUACGACCGAUGGUAUGGGUCUUGGAGAACCACAUGUCUGUGAGGAUAGAGCAGCCAAACAGAUCAAAGUCCGAAUGGACCUGCAAAACUCACCCUUGGAGGGGAACAAAAUCACCCUGUUCACUGAUGGAUGCUGCUACAGGUCAAAGGACCCAAAGGAAGGAAACACUGCUGCCUAUGCAGUGGUGAAACAAGACACAGAAGGAGGACAUGAAGUAAUGGAAGCAGAGAAACUUGGUCCCAAUGAAGCUUCAGCACAGCUAGCUGAACUUAGGGCGUUGAGGAGAGCUCUACAACUAAGUGAAGGAAAGAAUGUGGACAUCUACACAGGCUCUGCCUAUGCACAUGGGAUUGCACACAUUGAUGGACCACAGUGGUCCUCUUUGCUUUCUCUUUGCUGAUCAUCUCCAAGUCAUUAAGGUUUCGAGGCUGACGUUUGGCAACUCGAACCUUCAGCUCCCGCCACAGAUUUUCUAUGGGAUUAAGGUCUGGAGAUUGGCUAGGCCACUCCAGGACCUUAAUGUGCUUCUUCUUGAGCCACUUUUUUGUUGCCUUGGCCGUGUGUUUUGGGUCAUUGUCAUGCUGGAAUACCCAUCCACGACCCAUUUUCAAUGCCCUGGCUGAGGGAAGGAGGUUCUCACCCAAGAUUUGACGGUACAUGGCCCUGUCCAUCGUCCCUUUGAUGCGGUGAAGUUGGCCUGUCCCCUUAGCAGAAAAACACCCCCAAAGCAUAAUGUUUCCACCUCCAUGUUUGACGGUGGGGAUGGUGUUCUUGGUGUCAUAGGCAGCAUUCCUCCUCCUCCAAACACGGCGAGUUGAGUUGAUGCCAAAAAGCUGUUGACCACAACACUUUCACCCAGUUCUCCUCUGAAUCAUUCAGAUGUUCAUUGGCAAACUUCAGAUGGCCCUGUAUAUGUGCUUUCUUGAGCAGGGGGACCUUGCGGGUGCUGCAGGAUUUCAGUCCUUCACGGCGUAGUGUGUUACCAAUUGUUUUCUUGGUGACUAUGGUCCCAGCUGUCUUGAGAUCAUUGACAAGAUCCUCCCGUGUAGUUCUGGGCUGAUUCCUCAACGUUCUCAUGAUCAUUGCAACUCCACGAGGUGAGAUCUUGCAUGGAGCCCCAGGCCGAGGGAGAUUGACAGUUAUUUUGUGUUUCUUCCAUUUGCGAAUAAUUGCACCAACUGUUGUCACCUUCUCACCAAGCUGCUUGGCGAUGGUCUUGUAGCCCAUUCCAGCCUUGUGUAGGUCUACAAUCUUGUCCCUGACAUCCUUGGAGAGCUCGUUGGUCUUGGCCAUGGUGGAGAGUUUGGAAUCUGGUUGAUUGAUUGCUUCUGUGGACAGGUGUCUUUUAUACAGGUAACAAGCUGAGAUUAGGAGCACUCCCUUUAAGAGUGUGCUCCUAAUCUCAGCUCAUUACCUGUAUAAAAGACACCUGGGAGCCAGAAAUCUUUCUGAUUGAGAGGUGGUCAAAUACUUAUUUUCCUCAUUAAAAUGCAAAUCAAUUUAUAACAUUUUUUACAUGCGUUUUUCUGGAUUUUUUUGUUGUUAUUCUGUCUCUCACUGUUCAAAUAAACCUACCACUAAAAUUAUAGACUGAUCAUUUCUUUGUCAGUGGGCAAACGUACAAAAUCAGCAGGGGAUCAAAUACUUUUUUCCCUCACUGUAUCUCUGUUGUAUCAUUGUAGUCGUGGUUGCGGAGGUUUGGCUACCUUUCCCAAGCCAGCAGACAGAUGUCAACCAUGCAGUCCUCUCAGAUCCUGUCCAAUGCCGUCAGUGACAUGCAGCACUUCUAUGGCCUGGAGGUCACUGGAGAGAUGGACCCUGCCACACUGAAGUAUGGAUGCCACUGGCAGCUUCAGUUACACUGUACAGACUGAUAUAGACUAAAUUGAUAAUGAUGUCAAGAUAAUGUAAUAAUGUAAGGUCAUGAUUACAUUAUAGACCUAUUCUGAGAUAGAGAAAAGUUGUACCUCCUGGUCUAGCACUGUGGAACCACUCUAUUCUUAAAUAAACAAUGUAUCUGAUCCUAUAUAUCUAUGUGGUUAUCUGGGCUCUAUUCAUUUGUGUGUUUCACUCCCCCUUUAGGGCCAUGAGAAGGCCUCGCUGUGGAGUCCCAGACAAAUCUGUUGAGCAGGCUGAGAAUGGUGUGAGGCGGAAACGCUAUGCUCUCACUGGCCAGAAGUGGGACAAGAACCAUCUGACUUACAGGUGUGUGGUAGGCCUAUGUAAGCUGGGGGAUUCUAAGAAAACCAUGUUGGGAAUCUCAAACAGAUUUCCCCCUGCUUGGGCUGCCUGGCGUGCAAAGUGUCAGUAUAAACAACACUGCAAAGAGACCUGAAUUCCCAUAUGUGUAUAGACCACUGACAACACAUAAGGUCAUUUGUAAUGGCCCUCUGUAUAUAUGUGCUAAGAAUAUCUUGUCCUUUCCUCAACCCCCUCUCCCAGCAUUAUGAACACCACCCCAAAGAUUGGUGAGGUGCGGACACAGGAGGCCAUCCGCAGAGCUUUCAAGGUGUGGGAGCGCGUGACUCCACUGAGCUUUGAAGAGAUCGCUUUCCAAGACAUCACCAACAGCAGCCAGGACGCGCUAGAUAUCAUGCUAUUGUUUGCCUCUGGUUUCCAUGGAGACAUGUCUCUGUUCGAGGGCGAGGGGGGGUCCCUGGCUCAUGCCUACUACCCAGGUCCCGGGAUGGGCGGAGACACGCACUUUGAUGCAGACGAACCCUGGACCCUUGACAACCACGAUCCAUCAGGUUAGAAAGACACUUGUCCCCUUUGCCCCAUUUUCUCCUCAAUCACUAUUACUGCUACUAUUUCCUUGUUCAAAAUGAAUAUUGGCACUUCUCAUCUCAUAUGUAUAUACUGUAUUCUAUUCUAUAAUAUUCUACUGUAUCUUAGUCCAUGCCGCUCUGUCAUUGCUUGUCCAUAUGUGUAUAUAUUCUUAAAUUCCAUUCCUUACUAGAUUUGUGUGUAUUGGGUAUAUGUUGUGAAAUUGUUAGAUAUUACUUGUUAGAUAUUACUGCACUGUCGGAGCUAGAAGCACAAGCAUUUCGCUACACCUGCAAUAACAUCUGCUAAACACGUGUAUGUGACAAAUAAAAUUUGAUUUGAUAUAUUUUGAUAUUCAUUUUCUUUCUCCUUUUCCUAUCUUUCUCUCUCCCUCGCUCCCAUCUCUCUCCCUCCAGGUAUUGACCUCUUCCUGGUUGCGGUGCAUGAGCUGGGCCAUGCUCUGGGUCUGGAGCACUCUGAUAACCCCAAUGCUAUCAUGGCUCCCCUUUACCAGUACAUGGACACAAAUACCUUCUCACUCCCAGAGGAUGAUAGGAAUGGAAUACAGAAGAUAUAUGGUGAGGAGCCCGCCCUCAGGCCCCCACAGCCAGCGCGCACACACACGCACGGAUAAACAUGCACACACAUGCAUACAUACAUAGUAGCACCCCUUUAAUUGACAUCCUCCCUAACAGGGUCAUGCCAUACAUGCCUUUACAAUGAUCCUACUCUCUCCAUGACUGAAAAUAAGUCAUUGUGCCAUUGUGUGUCGUACAACUAGUGAAUGUCUGUAUGUGCACUGCAGACACACUGAUGACAGUAUUUAGUGAUAAUUAUCACAGUUCACACUCAUAGUUAAAGGUUGUAAGUCUUGUGUAAAGUACUGUACGUCUGUUUUUCCUCUCUGUGUCUCUGUGCAACCAGAAGGUCUUCCUUCCCAAUGAGCUUCCUGCCACAGCACGGAGUGGAAAAUUAGACUCUCUGUGUGUGUGUGUGAGAAUAAGAAAGAAAGAAACCAAAUGAGAGAUGGAGCUAUUCUACUGAGCCAUUUACUUUGUUAUCUUAUUGUUGUUGUAUGGUCGAGAAGGAACCUGCAAGUAUGCAUUUCGUUGGACUGUGUAUACCAUGUGUAUCCUGUACAUACGACUAAUACAACUUGAAACGUGAGAGGGGUGGGGGCAGAGAAAGCAAGCAGGGAUAUGUGCGAGGUUCUUUGUCAAACCCAUAGCAUUUAUAAUGUCAUCAUCUUGGAUUGUGCAGGACCUCCAGACGAUGCUUCCACUCAGGACCCACCCGCCACCUCUGAUGAUGACACCUCCCCAAACCAAGACCCCACCACCACUACUCCUACAGACCUAGACCCCACCGCCACCCCUGAUAGUCCCCUUGAGACAGACACCCCCAGCCCCACCUAUGACCCUGAUACCCCAGACCAAUCAGAACCAGAUCCCACCGACGCACCUCCCCUACCCGACCCAGACCCCACCAUCCCCUGGCCUGAUCCCGUGCCAGUGACCCCCUACAUCAGGAGGGAUGAGCCUCGUCGCCCCCCAAAGCAGCCAGACCACACUGCCCCCAACAUCUGUGACGGGGACUUUGAUACGGUCACCAUGCUGCGAGGGGAGAUGUUCGUCUUCAAGGUGAGAAGCAGGGCUAGUCUAAAAAUAAACUCUUUUGUAUAGUUGUAUAACUUCACACUCCAUUCUAAUCUUCCAAAAGAGGAUGACGUAGUGAAUAUGUUCUGAUGGUAUCUUCUGUCCCUGCCAGGGUCGCUGGUUCUGGAGAGUUAGAAGGAACCAUGUCCUGGACAACUAUCCAAUGCCCAUCUCGGUCUUCUGGGUUGGACUACCUGAUGAUAUAGACUCUGGUUAUGAACGGCAUGAUGGAAAAUUUGUCUUUUUCAAAGGUCUGUAUUUUCUUUUAUUCUCAUAUAUUACGUUUAUUUUAUGUGUAAUAGUUUAGAUCUAAUGGGUGCAUACACUCCAUAACACAGUGACCAAGAUACCGUCCUUCUCCACUGCAUCCCUCAUGUUUAAAACUAGAGUCAAUCCCCUCUUUAUCAUGUACUCUCCCCCCAGACUUUAAUGGCUGAUUUUUCACCUACUUUAUAACUGGUUGAGAGUUUUAAAUAGCUCAAAACAGCUCUGUCCCUUUAACACUUCUGUAUCCACUGUUAAAAAACAACUAUUCUGGCCAAAUUAUGUCACUACAUAAACACUCUGAAAUGUGGACGUCGAUAUUUGGGGUGGGGGAGAAAUGAGGCUCAUGGGGCGCAGCUAACAGCAGUAGAAAGCAGCUGGCAGGCCUGCUAGCCCUGGCCUGGAUGGAUUGCAUCAGCCACUGCUCCAGAUGCUGACUGCUAAGGUUUCACUUUGAGCAGAGAAUAAGACUUGGAGGGCACCAUUUAUGUGUCCUGACUCUUUUGACUUUUCUGUGUGUUCUCACACAAAGAACCAAUAGUUGCAUCAAUGCGUCAGUAGUCUGUUUAAAGCAGGUACAAUGUUGUUUACAGUGGUUUUACGAGUGGAUUGUUUUGGCUCUGUUAGUGGAAACGUUGUUUGUUGAAUGUGAGAUAAAUCAAACCAGAUAAAAUCUUGCAAAUGAAACCUGUGCUUUACUUCUCUUUCCUCUGUCCUCAUAUCUUCCCCUUCCUGAUGGUCCUCUAUCGGUCCUCUAUCCCUCUCUUUUGCCCUCUACCCUCUCUUCUGUCCUCCCUCUGUGUAGGUGAGAGGUACUGGGUAUUCAGGGAGGCUGACGUGGUGCCUGGUUACCCCCAGCCCCUGGUAGAGUAUGGUCAGGGCCUCCCCACAGACAGGAUCGAUACAGCCAUCUGGUGGGAACCCACUGGCUACACAUACUUCUUCAGAGGAGACAGGUGACCACAUGCCCCCGAAUACCUUUACUGUACUUUUAGAUUUGUGUGUAUUGUUAGAUAUUGCUGCACUGUUGGAACUAGGAACACAAGCAAUAACAUCUGCUAAAUAUGUGUAUGCGACCAAUACAAUUUUAUUUGAUUUAAUUUACCCUACCAUAACUGAUCUCAACUGACUGACUGAUGAGCUAUCUUUUUAAAUGUCAAAUGUUAUUGUUAAAUGUCAUUCAUCUAGUCAAGGGAAAACAGAUUUAGCCCUGAGUGUUGAAAGACUGAGAAGGGAAGAAAAAGUAGUUUGUUGUGAUAGUCAUCAGUCCUUUGUACCACACGGUUUCAUGAUCCGUCUUGUCACUGUCCUCUCCUGUAGAUACUGGCGUUUUGAUGAAGAGUCCCGCACCGGUGACAGAGACUACCCGAAACCUGUCUCCAGGUGGGGCAAGGUCCCAUCCUCUCCUAAAGGAGCCUUCCUCAGCGAUGAUGGCUGUGAGUGAGUUGUUAUAGGGGGGAUAAUGGCUGUAAAAAAUGGAGGGAGGCUAUAGAUACUGAGCUGAGAGGGGAAAGGGUUGCCUGGCAAAGGUUGUCUAAUGCAGACGUCUCAUAAUUCAUCCUCUCCCACCAAAGUCCCACCCCAGCUAAUGCUUUUCAAAGCUGUUUCCUAUAGUGAAAAAAAACAACUAUGAUGGUCAAAUGUCUUCCAGAUAAGUCGUUUUUCAUUUUUCCAUUUUCAUCUAAAGGGAUAGGUACUUGUGAAGGAGAAUUAAAAUAGUCUCUAGUCCAAGUGAAGGCUUCUCCUUCACAGUACUGUAACUAUUACUAAUGGUUACAUUAGUACCCAGCAAUGACAGUAUCCUGUGAAGUGUGAUGAAAUUGUGUCAAGAGUUGGAGCAGAAGAUGCAUACCCAAAUAAGGUUAACAAGGUGCAGACUAAUGGCUGAAACUAACAAAUAGCAUUUCCACAGUAAAUUCCCUUGGCGCAUUUCAACAUUUGCAUCAACAAUAUUUGUCUUCCCUAUCCAGCUUACACAUACUUCUACAAGGGCUCCAAGUACUGGAGGUUUGAUAACCAGAAGAUGAAGGACGACUCAGGCUACCCCAGAUCCAUCCUUAAAGACUUUAUGGGCUGUGAUGGAGCCCCGGACGUGGACCCAGACACAGAUACAGACGACACAGUUACAGGCCGCAAGUGGCCCACAGUGGACCAGCCAAAACCACAACCACCAGUUGGCUCAGACCCAGAUGAGGUGGACCGAGAGACCGAUAAGGAUUACACCAACGAUGUGGAUUAUGAACCUGAUGCGAAGGACAAAGAGAUGGAUGUGGUGGUGAAGAUGGCUGAGAACGAGGCCAAGGUUAUGACCCUGAUCAUGGUGACCGUGCCCCUGGUCCUGGUGCUGUGCAUCCUACUAUUGAUCUAUGCUAUUAUUAACACCCUGCAGAAGAAAGAGGCGCCCAGACUUUUGGUCCACUGCAAACGAUCCCUGCAGGAGUGGGUUUGAUCUGCUCAAGAAAUAGAUUCACAAACACACACACACAAUACAUAGGCACAUACCGUUUGCACACAUAUACACACACAAACAUUACAUAAAAAUACAAGCACAUAGUUUCCGUAUCUUUCCUCCAUGGUGCUUUACCCGAUCUUGUUUAUAACAUAUAAUAUGCACUUUUAACGUCCCGUGUUUAGAUUUGUUGUGUUAGUUGCGGUUGUAGUUUUAAGUGUGUUUAGCAAAACAUUUCCGUGAAUGUCCUUAUAAAACAGAGUGGUGGUGCGUGUCUACAACCAGCA